AUGGCCGCCACGCUGGCAGCAACACCAACACCCUCCGCGCUCCCAAACAGCCACGAGUUCGAUGUAAAUGGUACCAAACGAGACGUCGUAACAGAACUCUAUUUUUUGAAACGACUUGACCAUCCCGUCGAAGCCAUUGAUCUCCGACUCCCAGACGUCGAGGAGCAUUUCCAGAAGCUGGAUGACCUUAACCAGUUACAUCAAGUGAUAGUUCACGACAUCCGCGGCGAGGAGGCAAAGUAUACACUCGAUAAGAAUGGAUUCCAAUACAUCCCGCAUGAAGUGAAAGAGCUGCAAGACUGGUCCAACGAAGAGGAGGUGGAACGGGUUCUGAUUCCCGCCACAGAUGAACUGGUCAAGAGAGCCACGGGAGCAUUCAAAACAAUUCUGUUCAAACAUCGCAUCCGGAACAAGGCGGAAGACAAGGCCAAACGCCAGGACUCCGUCGCACCAGCUCACAGCGUCCAUUCAGACAUGACCCCCAUCGGCGCGAUGAAUACGCUCAAGAAUAUCGUCAAAGACAACCCAGCGGAGCUCGACUCGCUAUUGAAGACCCGCAUCAUGGUCAUGAACGUCUGGCGCCCGCUGAAGACAAUCCAGAAGGAUCCCCUGACUGUCUGCGACUGGACGACCGUGGAUGCGAAGAAUGAUCUCGCUGGCAGCCGUCUGAUUUGGAAGGAUGGUAGUUGGCAUGAGUUUGGGAAGGUGCACUUCAGUGAGAGGCAGAAGUGGUUUUAUCUUGGUGGUCAGAGACCCGAUGAGGCGUUGCUUUUCAAGCAGUUUGAUAGCAAGGUCGAGAACGGCGUUUCUUUGCCUCACAGUGCGUUUGUGGAUUCCCAGUUUGCUACGGCGGAGCCGAGAGAGAGUAUUGAGAUUAAGAUGUUUGCGUUUAUUAGUGAAUGAUGGAUGAUGGAUGGAUGAGCGAUAGGAUGUUGAUGCAAAGGGGAGAAUAUAUAUAUCAGGGACAAAGCGAUCUUUCCUUCUUCCUUCG